AAAUGAAGAAGUACUGAAAGAACAAAGACUUCCUAAUAUGACACCUCAUGGGAGGGAGAGUUAGAAACCCCUUGCUUUAGUCGAGCUUUCAUUUGUAACCUGUUCUCCAAACCAAAUGCAAAUCCCUUUCCACCAGUUUCACCUUAAGCUUUGAAAAGGACUCUUCAAAUGACAUCAGAGGUCACCUAUGCUGAAGUGAGGUUCAAGAACAACGGGCCUUCAUCUGCUGAACCCAAAGGUAAAUGAUCUGCCGGUGGGGUGCAAGGGCAUGUGUGCUGGGGUGUCGGCAACCGAAACGAGCCUCUGGGCACUUCUUCCCUAGUUGUGUUGUUUUAGGACAACUUGGCUAUAGAAUACCUUUUCAGUUUUCUGAUCUACUGUUCUGUUUAAAUUCGGAGCAGGCGGAAUUCAGACAAGUGUAUACUUUUUUAGUAUGGAAACCUAGCAGUGGGAAAACAUUGCUGGCUCGGCAAGUCCCCGUGUGCUGCGCUAAACCGGCGCAGGGCGGGGACUCGCUUCCAUGGCGCCAGAAACCGUGUCGACGCAGACGCUGGAAAUCACGGGCGCACGCGCAAUCCAGCCCACGGAGGGAUCUCGGCUGGAGUGAACCGGCCCAGGCGAGGUAAACCUUGCUGACCCCUGUGUAAUCCCAUUACUCUAUUGGGAUAUGUGGGAAUUUGCCAGUUGGAGGAAACAGUACAGCCUGGAUCAAAAUAGUGCAGCUUCCUUUGUCAGAGAUGAACAAACACACACAGAAACUUGAGGAAGGGAGGUGCAUUUAUAUUUUUGCCACUUGGUUGCCAUCCAUUCCUUUCUGAUAAAUGUGAGAUUAGAAAAUGCUUAAGAAGUAAGAUGGAGACCUUGAGGUGUGCCUCACUUUAAUGGUCUCUGGUAGAUUAUUAUUACUGGCUGGUGUCAUUAUUUCUUAAAUUUACACCUCUGACUUAAUGAUCUCAGCAGAGCUUUCAAGACAACUUGCAAAAUAAAAGUCCAUAAACAAGCCCGAUCAAAAUUGGUUAGGAUUGUAUGCCAUCUGCUCUUCACUGACCUCUGCUGGCCGAUGGAAAGGGGGUGCUUCAUUGUGGAAGAGACCCCAGGUUUGCCUGGGCAGGCAGUAAGCAGCCACCAUCGGAUCUUUCAUACGUAGUAGAGAGCAGAAAGCUACAAAACUGGGUGCUUCAAAGCAGGAUUCAAAGUAUCUGCUAGAUCCAAAGCCCUUUGGAUCCCCAGAGGGGCCUGAUCUUUGGGCCCCUCAGCUACAUCAUCCUGGAGCUAGAGUAGCAAAAAGUUCUAGCAAAAUCCUCCCUCCCUGCCAGUUUUCUGCCCUGGCUGGUGAGAGCCAUCGAGGGUCUGAGCUGCAGCACUCAAUCUUUCAGACUGCCCCCCUGCCAGACCCCAUGUAGAAGUGCCUUCCUCCACGUCUAAAAACGCACCACAGAGGUUCUAGACGAUGGACUAGGGGUUCUAGGCUAGUCCCCUAAAUGUUUCCCUGGCACCUCCUUGCCAAAGCCCAGGAAGCUUCUGCCCAGGUUAGGGAGGGAAGCGCGAUGCUCAUGUGCACGAUGCCCCCCCCCUGCAAAUCUCCCUCAUAAGCCUCUGGCCCUAACUGUUCCCCUAUGAAAAAUUUCACCCCACCCCACUGAUUCUCGAGUAUCCAGGUCUUAACCAAUCUCCUAAGAGCUCAAAGGAAAUGGUCAUGGCAGGCUUUCUGAAGGAGCGAUUCUCCAAAGAGGACUCUGCCAAUGGGAAGACCCUGCCUGGUUGGUCUAAUAUUUGAUAGUCAUGGUACCUAGGCCCUUGGGGUGGCUGACUCAGAUGGGGGCAGAAAACCUUUUCCCUGAGGAAAGGUUAUCAUGCUUAGGGCUUCUUCAUUUGGGGAAAAGGCAUGAUAAGAGGUAUAUAAAGUGGAUAUGUGGAAAAAGUGGACAUGAAUAAGUUUUCCUCCAUCUCUAACAAUACCAGAACUCAAGGUCAUCUUUAGGAAGCUGGCUGUAAGAGGUUUGGGGCAGACAAGAGUGUACUUCUUGUGCAUGGCUGAAGUGUGGAAGUCACGAGCACUAGGUGGAGAAGUAAGACAAAUUCACAACGGUAAAGGCCAUGUUAUCAUAUUCAAACUGGGAAAGUGACCUCCAUUGAAAGAUGUGACGGCCAUGCUUGACACUGAGUACUGGAGACAGUCUGCCGCUGAAUACUAGUCUGAGGAACACGAGGGGUGAGAGUGCUGUUGGCAUCUGGCUGUCUGGCCUCUGUGGGAAACGGCUGCUGGAUGAGGUGGUCUCUUUCUUCCAUCUCAUGUUCGUAUGCCAUGGGCUGCUUGUCCAUAAAAGUAUGGCACUUAAAAACCUUUCCAUCUGGAGACACGUAACCUUCAAGAAGAUGGCACAAGGAGCCUUUUCCUUUUAGAGCAUUCAUCAAGCAGACUAGAGAAGGUGCAACUUAACUGGCAAGCAUCAAGGAAAAAAUGGCUUCAAAGGCAAAAACAGGAAUGGUGCACAUCUGUUCUGGACUAGCGGGUCUGAGAAAUGAGCAAAAGGCUAUUUUUGCCUAAAAAGCCCCACUUCCCCAAUAUUCCAUACACGCAAAUGUGCAUGUCAGCUUUUUGAACACCAGCAUUACACAAAUUUCUGGCUGCCAAGCAGAAUCAACUUGCAUGAUGUGCUAAUGCCCAGCAGAAUUAUAGUUAAUGGGGAAAUACACUCAGAAACUAAUUUGCAUAAGUGGCCUAUAGAGAAUUUGUAAUCUUCCCCAAAAAUCUGCAGGCAGUGGAUUUUUCAAAAAUGAUUCAUAGUCACAAGGCAUUUGUGUAUAUGAGAAGUGCAGAGCAGGCACAUAAGAAGCUAUUUUAGACAGUCAUGUCAUUGGCCUAUCUAGUUCAGUAGCCAGUGUUGGGGCCCCCAGAUGUUCUGAACCCCCUGUUCUCAUCACCCCCAGCCGACUAUCUUCCCCAUGGCCCGAGGCUGGAGGCUGCAGCAUUAUGGGGAGGGGCCCUCUGCUCUAGACCAUCUGUGCUGACUGGCAGUGAUAUUCCAGAUUUCACAGCCCUAAAUGGAAAUGUCAGGGAUCGAACCUGGGAUUUUUGCCUGCAAAACAUGUCCUCUACUACUAAGGCAUGGUCCUAAGUCAUUGCUACUGAAUCAUUAUGUCCCCCAAGCAACAGAGAGUCUUGUCACACUUUACAGACGGCUGUUGGCAUAUGGUUUCAAGUGCACAGAACUAGCUUUCCCAUAGGUCAUUAUUCUUCAGCCGUGUGACUGCGAGUGCAACAGUGAUGCAACAGCAUGAUUAGACAUUUUAAGGGUUAACUAGCUUGCCCUGAGUGCAUUUGAGUAAGUACACUUUACCUUUGUAAUGGUGACAUUUUCACUUUUCAGGAUCUUCAGGAAGCGAAAAACCACUUAGUAUAUUCCAGAAAUGCAAGCCCUGGUUUCCGUGGGUGGUGUCAGGGUUUUUGAUGUUGCUCUCCGUCAUCCUUCUUGUUUUCAUCAUUGGUGAGUAAAAAGCAAACUGAACUUAAGAGAAAGGGGAAGAUUCUGCUAAAUGGUUGCGUAAAAUUUCUGAGUAAAGCAGGGAGAAAUAAAGCCUGCUAGAGAUAAGUAGACUUAGUAGGUAUUCUCUCCCUUUAGCAGAGAGUAUGACAGAACCUAAAAGCUCUCCAGUUGACAAAUGCCCUUCAAAUUGAUGAAGUUUGGAUCGGACAUGUUGUGAUGAGGAGUGCACUAACAUAAUUAAACAGAAUCCUCAUUCAUACUCACUCACUGUUUCCCAUCCAUUCAGGUAAUCUCCUUUUUAAAAAAAAUCUAGCACCAAAAGGUUUGAUAGAUCACUUGCUCUCUUGACCAUCAUGGCUGAUUCAGAUUAUCCAAAGGGAAGUCACUGGUUUGGUGGAGGAUACAGUGAAUGCAUCAUUAUGUGAGAGAGUGGUGCCUGCUAAUCUUAAAUAAUCAGUACAGUGGUACCUCGGGUUAAGAACUUAAUUCGUUUUGGAGGUCCGUUCUUAAGCUGAAACUGUUCUUAACCUGAGGUACCACUUUAGCUAAUGGGGCCUCCUGCUGCUGCUACGCUGCCACCGCGUGAUUUCUGUUCUCAUCCUGAAGCAAAGCUCUUAACCCAAGGUACUAUUUCUGGGUUAGCGGAGUCUGUAACCUGAAGCGUCUGUAACCCGAGGUACCACUGUAGUUUUUAGUGAACUAGGCAGUGGCAGCUGAUCUGGCAUUUUUGAAGAUGUCCGUCCAUUCAGGAUUUACUGCAGAGGUGCCCAAUUCCAGACUGUUCAGGGGUUCAUCACAGUGUUAACACCUCCUUCUGCGACCGAGCCUUUUUUCUUGGACUCUGCAGUAUUAUAUGGUCCUGCUGUUCAUUCCCUUUUCCCAGUUAUCCUCAAAGGAAGUCCAAAGAAGGGAUUUCUCAAAAGCCAGUUUCAGAAAUCAACAGAAUGGAAUUGCCUCCUGAAGAGCCCUGAAGGAAAAGGUGAGUCACUAUGAAUUAGAGGGUCUGAUGGGCAACAAAGGAAGCCACCUUAGUAUGUGACUAAAGGUUAGACGCUUUAAAAUAAAAAGUAGAGAGCCACCCUUUAAAGGAGCCCCUUAAAAGCAGGAAUUGAUCCAGAAAUGCAGUUGGAAUAGUCUGCCAAAAAGUUUUUAAAAUAUAUAAGUGGUUUCUUUUUAAAACAACAACAGCAGCAGCAGCAGCAGCAGCAGCAGCAACAACAUUUAAAUGUGUCUCACAUAAAAAUUCCUGAAUAUAUUUGCCUUGAUCCACUCCAGAGGGGCUAAUAUGUCUGCAAGUUUUAUUGACUUCUGCCAAAAGAAAAAAGUUGCAUAUUCUCCCAUAAUAAAUGUGGUGAGGAUAAAACAACACUUCCUUUUUUACUGUGUACUGUUGAGUACCCCCAGAAAAAAAGCACUGGUUCCAGUGUUUUGAGAACCACAUAACACAAGUGGGAGCUGCAAGGAAAUGCUGCAAUGUGGCAUGGUCCUCUUCAGGAUUCUUGGCAGCUGGCCAUGCCCUUUCCUCAGAUACUCCAUUCCACCCACUUCCCAGUUUUCCACCCAUUCUCCCAGACAGUCAGCCUUCCAUGCCUGCUGAACUGUUUCUGAUUCACUCUCGAUCCCUGACUUAGUUUUUUCUGAUCAUUUUUUGCAGUUCUGCAAACCUGGAGGUUCCCUUAAGCCUCCUUGGGGAGCAUUGCAUUGGCUCUGCCACAGCAUUCACAGUGCAUUAUGCGCCCCACUGCCUUGUCCUUCCCAGUCUCCCUCUUGGUAAGCAGCAACAAUGUGCUGGUUCCAGCUGCACUUAGUUUGGAAAAUAAAGCAUUGCUGAGCUCUAGUCUGAGCUUGAAUCCUUCACUAUUCUUUGCUCCUGAGUGAUGCUUGCUCCUCAAGCUUGCCUCCUAGUUCAGGCCGGAAUUGUUGUUUGUUCAUGACUGCUGGUUUGCCCUAUCACUUCUGGGUCCCAGCUUCUAGCUCUCCUCAGACUGCUGCCCACAGUUCAGCCCUGGUAGCAGGAAAUGGAGUUCCCUUGCUUGUGUGUCUGACCAGUAAAAAGCUCCUCCACAGUGUGUGUCUCAUUUAUCAUUUCUUUUCAUGAUACACAUUGCCUUAACUGCUACCGCAUGCAGUUCAAGUUUUUUCCUUUAGUUUUUAAAGCCCUAAACAACUUGGGAACUGUUUACCCAAGGACUGUGUCAUACCACUCUCCUCGGCUGGGUAUUGCUAAGGGUACCACUUGCCCCAGGGAUGUGCUUAAUAUGCAUGUACUAGAAACCAGGUUUUUAGGAUUGCAGCUCCAGCCCUCUGGAGUCAGUUAGCAACUGAAAUUAGACAAGUGCCUAAUUAGACCCUGUGUGACCCAGUAGUUUUAUGGAAUAUUAAUAGUACUAUUGCUUUUAGUUUACUGAGUCUGUCAUCUUUUUUGUUUUGUCUUAUUGGGCACUGCUUUGGCCACUUUGGGUUGUGAAAUAUAAUAAAAAUAAAAAUACCCUGCCCAUCUGACUGGGUUGCCCCAGCUACCCUGGGGUGAAUUUGGGGUUCAAAAAGCCUGCCAGGUUAGGACUAUAUCCCCACUGAAAACCCCAUAUGAAAUCUGAAUUAUAGUGCCUAUCUGAACAUGUGAAUUCCUGCUGGUGAGUCAACCCUUGAACAACUAAGAAAUAAAAAUGUAGACUUAACUCCAAGCUGCUUCCCUCACUUAUGGGACUUGUCUGUUGAUGUGAACAAUGACACAUGAGCCCGGAAAUCGCUGCUGCAACCUGUGCAAUCUCCCAGGCUUCAAAGGGGAACUCUAGAAGGCGGAAUUGUUGUCACGUAGCUUUCAGCUGAGGACAAGUGUCCACUAUCUUAAUAGCAGUAAAUGAUGUGGUGUAGUGGUUAGAGCCUAACCUACCUCACAUGGUUGUGGUGGGGAUUUGAGGAUGGGGAGAACACUGUACGCCACCUUGAGCUCCUUUAUGAAAAAAGAAGAACAAAUGAUGGUUCACCAAAGGGAAAGGUGAGUUGAGUGUGCACACUGUGAGCAGCACUCUUUGCACCCCUUUAAAUUCUGCAUGUCCACUUAUUUUCUGACCCUUCCCUGUGCAUAUUUUUGAAACAAAAGAAAGGAUGCGCAAUACUACAAAUGGAACGUGCAACUUAAAAAGUGGGACAACUUAACGGAUUGUGAUGAAAAAUAGCAAAAGAAAGAUCUGGGGAAAGGGCUGGGAGUGGGUGGGAGAGACCUGUUUCCAGUUGCAACAAGAUUUCAGGUUGCUUCUUGUUGUCUCUGCUUUCCUUACAGAAUCACAGCUGUCAUGUUGCAUGGGGGAACUAGAGCAAUUUGGAUCCAGCUGCUACUAUUUCUCCAAAGAUGAAAGGACCUGGAACAAGAGCAGGGCAGAAUGCAUGAAGAAGGGCUUUGACUUGGUGAUUAUAAAUUCAGAAGCUGAGCAGGUGAGCUCAGUGGCAUAGCAUGGGGAUGGCCUCAGGCGCAAAUUUGUUAGGGGCGCAAAAUGUCAAUGCCCAGUGCUGCCUCACUGGGCACCGUUGAGAACAGCUUCUCCAUGUGAACCAGGAAGUGACCUCUCCAGACAACAGAACAACUCUUCUUUUCUUAUCACUGCAGCUAUUAUCUCCUGUGUGAUGUGGAUGCUUUUAGGAAGUUGAAUGCGCAUGCGCCGUCCAUUUCCCUCCCUCUCCCACUCUGUGUGGUGCUGGGUGAGCUACUGUAGGUCAGCCUUCCCCAACCUGGUGCCCUCCAACAUGACCAUUGGGCAGGGAUGAUGGGAGCCGUCCAAUGACAACAGAAGGGUUCCAGGUUGGGGAAGCUUGUGCUACAUUUAUCAUGCCUGGAAGCAGCAUGUUAGAAGAAGCAUUUCUAUCUCCCACCACUCAGCUAUAUUUGUGGUCUUUAGUUGCAUUGGUGUUUACAUGCUACGACAGGCAGCCUUGGGUUUGGGGUUUGUUUGACACAAAAGGAUCCCCAAAGAUCUCUGCUCCACAAAGACAGCUAACCUGUAUAGACUGCUAUUAACUGAAAGUUUGGUUCAAAUUUUUGUGCAGGGAUUCCUUACAAACCAUACCCAGAACAGUCAAGUGGAAAAUUUUUGUAUCGGUCUCACAAAUCAGAAGGGAGCAGAUCAAUGGCUUUGGGUGGAUGACACUCCUCUUGACCCCAUGCUAAUGUGAGUAAUACUUACAUAGUAAUAGUUAUAUUUAGCAUUUAUAUUGUGCUUUUCAAAUGUGCUUCAUAGGCACAUUGCAGAUUGGGAUGGCAGCUGAGGUUGAGCAAAUACUGCUUUGGGUUGCAGAAGGCCAGGAGUGCCAGCUGGGCCCUGUGACCGUGGGUGCCCUGGGACAUGGGUGUCAUGCAGCGUUUACGGCCCUGGCACUGAAAUUUGUGAGUGCCUGGCCCCUUCAUGGGGAAUUUUGUGGGUGCUCGGGCAACCAGGGUCCCAGGGGUUUGGCAGGGAAUUUCAAACUCUCCAUAUUUCCUCUCACCAAACAGUCGUGGGAUAGGGAUAGCACUGUGACAGAACAAAAUGGUCAAAGGCCUGGAAACGAUGCCUUAUGAGGAACGGCUAAGGGAGCUGGGCAUGUUUAGCCUGGAGAAGAGGAGGUUAAGGGGUGAUAUGAUAGCCAUGUUCAAAUAUAUAAAAGGAUGUCACAUAGAGGAGGGAGAAAGGUUGUUUCCUGCUGCUCCAGAGAAGCGGACACGGAGCAAUGGAUCCAAACUACAAGAAAGAAGAUUCCACCUAAACAUUAGGAAGAACUUCCUGACAGUAAGAGCUGUUCGACAGUGGAAUUUGCUGCCAAGGAGUGUGGUGGAGUCUCCUUCUUUGGAGGUCUUUAAGCAGAGGCUUGACAACCAUAUGUCAGGAGUGCUCUGAUGGUGUUUCCUGCUUGGCAGGGGUUGGACUCGAUGGCCCUUGUGGUCUCUUCCAACUCUAUGAUUCUAUGAUUCUAUGAGAACCCUUGUUCUUCUUUAUUUUGGUAGUUCACAGCAUUCUGGAGUGAAUACUUUUUACAAAGUUAGGUGCUAGGGUUUGCUUUCAUGUGCAGGAGCUCCAAUCAAAUCCAAUAUUAUGUGUGUCUUCACAAAAGGCCAAAAUAGGAACAUAUUUUCAUUUGUGGUGGGAGUGCCCUCGGUCUCAGAUGUUCUGGUUCAAUUUUUGUUGUUGUUGAAAUAAGGAAUAUUCUUAGAGAACCUGUUCAAGACAUACCUCAAAUGGCACUAUUACCGAUAUUUGAAGGUAGAAAAAUUCAGAAAUAAAACUAUUUACUUUGUUUUACUAGUGGCAGCAUGUGCUACUAUGGAAGAUAUUAGAGGAAUGGGACAUUGGAAAAUGGUGGGAUAAUGUUUGGAGAACAGCCAUACAGGAAAAACUUACAUGGCGUGUUAGAUUAUUGUCUGGUAGGAUUAAGCCAGAAAGCUUUGGGGCAGUUUGGAGAGAUCUUCUUGAAUAUACCAACAGGGCACAGCUGCCACACUCCUUGACAGCAGCUUCAGCAUAUAUGCGGAGGAUGUGGAAAUGGUAGGAUUUUUGUAGAGUUAUAUUGAUAAACUUAUGUGUCCCAGUUUCCCCAUCUAUUUAGCUCAUUUCCUAUGUUUAUAUUCCUUCUGUGACAUACACUAGUCAUCUAUAUUAUUGACAUCUACUGUCCAUCCAAACAUUAUUCACCAUUUCUCCUCAACUGUGCUUUAUUGUUUUCUAAACUAUGUGCAAAAUUAAGAGAGUAUUUUUUAAAAGGCAAAUAGAGAUUUGGUGGGGUGAAGGGGAUUGGUGCAAUGUGUGGCAGAGCUAUAUACCUAUUUUUCCUUGCCGCCGCCACCACCAACUUACCCAUAAACAAGAAAUCUACAAUCCUGUCACAAUAUAUAAGUAAAAAUAUAGAGAGAGGAUUAAAUAAAAAACAUAUUCACCAGCGCUGGUGUCCCUGGUAGCAAUUAGAGAAGCAGCCUGAAGUCAUUCAGACUCCAGUCAAGCUGGCUUCUCCAAAUUCAGGCAGAGCCAGGUCUAUAAGAAUAUCUUGAGGUAAGUAUUUUCUUAUUCCAUGAGAAGCAUAUUUACAUUGUUAUUUUCCUUGGAUAUGUCCUGCUUGUUCAGCAUGAUCUUUCUUUGGGGUGCUAAGUCCAAAACAUCAUUUUUUGUGCUUCUAUUAUCCGUUUGUUGUUGUUCUCCAUCUUGGCGUCUGAAAACUAAACUCUCAAAAUAGCUCCAUUUCUGUCCUUCUUGACUUGUUCAUUGGAGACCUCUUUGAUUUCCUGAGAACCCAAAGUUUAAUGAGCCUUGGGUAUGGCUUGUGCUAUUUGGACCAAUGUACAGGGCUUGUCUAUUAAAUCCUAGCUUUGCAUCCUUCUUUCAUUAAUUGUCUUCUCUUUCAGGUUCUGGAGAAGCAAUGAACCUAGUAAUGUUGAUGAAAACUGUGUUGUCAUGCAUAUAGGUAAAGGAAAAGGCAACAAGAUGAAGAAUAACUGGAAUGAUGUCCAGUGUUUAGUGGAUGAGCAUCAUUAUGUUUGUGAAACAAAUACAGUAUCUUUUCCCAUUUAAAGGAUGAUCUAGAGCCAAAAGAACACUUCAAACUAUUAAUCAUGGGCCCCCUGACUGGACAGACUGAAUUCAUUCUGAGCAUGGGCUCCACAUGAGAAAGGUGUGCAUUCUCAUUCCAUAACUGUGCUCCAAAAGAAAUGUAAUGUAUAGAAAUUUUCAAAUGAUAGGGAGAAUCCAAAGUUCAGUAGACAGUGAUUAAUAUGUAGCCGUAGCAUGUAGCUCCAGCCCUAACCACGUCUUCUCAGAAGUAAAUUCCAUUGAAUUCAAUGAGAUUUACCCCUAGGUAAGUGGGAUUAGGAUUACAGAGCAGGAGUCAUUCCUGCAGCAGAAUUAAUUCUCAAAGUGUUCUCUCUGGCACCAUGCCAGGUAUCAAGGUGUAUGUGUUGAGAUAUUUCAGCAGGAGCAGCAAGAUUUUCAGCAAGGUUUAAAAGUCUACUUUUGUAUAUAGUGUUACACACCACCCCAAUCUCCGAGUGGUGUGAGUUUCUGGGCACUUACCUAGGGUUCGUGUUUCCUUUGGAAAUGAAGCACAGCAGAGACUGUGGUGUCUUUAGGAUCUAUGGUUUAUUUACACAUAUAUACAACCUGAGCCUGCAGUGGAGGGGCUCCCAGCUUUACACUCCAAGAGGGUCUUGCUUCUCCCAUAGAUGCAGCCCUGGUUUCAAACAGACACAGCCAUCCUGCCUGUUGCCCUGAAACUUACAUUGCUCUCCCACCCACACAACUCCUGACUCCCAGGCAGCCGCCUAGCUUGCUUCUCCGUUGCAUCACUGCUAACCGACUGGAAAACCUUUCCUCCUUCAAUCCUGAAACACUACCACUUCUGCCUUUUUCUUCGCUAACUAACACAGAGCUCAGGGAGAAGGGCCCCUCUGCCAUCUUUGCUUCUGGCUUAUCAGCCUGCCUUUGUUCCCUGCUGAUGGCCCCCCUUCUCCCAGGCAAUUUCUUGUGCAAGGAAAAACUGAUUUGGCCUGUAUUUUGGCACUGCUAAGCUCAAUACCUGGCAGCCCAUCUUAAUGCUCCAAGCAUUGAUUAAACUCCAACACCCACUAGACCCAGGAAUUCGGGGGAGUCAAGGUGCCCACAAACUCAUAACAAUAUUGAAAGAUAUAAAUAUAUUGAUCCUAUGAUGGAGGGACUCACAGCAUUAGCACCCCAAGAGGGUCUUGCUUCUCCCAGAGCCGCAGCCUUGGAUUCCAGCAGAAAUCAGGCCUGGCUCUGCCCUGCCUGCAGCCUGCCAUCUUCUGUGUUCUAGCUCACCUAACUCCACUCUCAACUCUGAGCUUCGUCUUCUAACUACUGGUGAAUGAAUGAAUGAAACUUUAUUUGCGUUAGCCAUUGGCCAUAGCAGUAAAAAAGCAUUACGAUGUACACAAAACACAAUAAAAGUCAAUUAUAAUAAAACACAGUUUAGGGUCCUGAAUCAUCAGUCAAACAGUGGAUCAUAUUCUGAUUGCCCCAGCUAAAAACCUUGCAACCUUUGCUAUCGUCUGCUCCUCUUGAUCUGCCAGGAGAAAAGACACUGUGGCAGGGGCUGGACAACCCAGAAUGGACAAUAAGAGAGGGGUGAGUUGAGGGAGUUGGCCGUCCAUCUGCUAUCUAACACAAAGGCCAUGACCUCAGCAGGAAGCUGGCUUGGCCAUGCCAGAAACUGAAUCUUUGCUGGAGUGCGUGAUGCUUUACAACUGACUGGCCUUCAGGAUAUUUGGAAGUAGUGUUGUAAAAGAGUGGCCAAUCAUUUGUCCUCAGGAUGGAGAAUUUGCAAAUAUAAGUUUUAGUGCACAGUUGUAAUCAACAACUGUAGUAGUAAAUCAACAUCAACAAGAUGAACAAAGCCUUUUAAAGGAAGAUUAGCUGCCAGAAUUUGCUGUUCCUUACUUGGUAAGGAUGCGAAAGAUCCUGCCUCAGAGGUUUUUGGGUCACUUUUGCAUCCACCUUAGAGACCUGGGAGACUGUGUGUGUGUGUGUGUGUGUGUGUGUGUGUGUGUGUGUGUGUGUUGCCAUUUGAUACGUUUUUGUAAUCUUCAAACUGUCCAGGCAGGGAGGAGAGGGGUGUUGCAAAGCAAGACUUUGCAGCCAGGAAGACAGAAGCAGCCAUAUAGUUAUAAACUGGAUAAUUUGCUUUAAUAGCACCAGCCCAGACUAUUUGCAGCAGAAGCAAGGAGGAAAGGGGAAAGAGAAACAACACUCACAACUUGGGAAGGCCACUUGCAGUUCCUUUUUAGUAAGGUUUUAGCGAGUAUUAAAGGCUGCCGCUUAUUCCAAGAAGGGGAGCAAAGGAAGUGAUGCAGUUCUAUAACUGACAGCUCCAACUUGCAGUGGAGAAAUGACUUUACAGUGACUAACCGGGCUCUUUCUCUUUGUGAGAGAAAGCCCAGUUGAGAAAGUGGCGGGCUGGGUGCCUCUUCUUGAAAGUUCAUAGUGAUCAUAUGCCUUGCCAUGAAGUCUGUCAGAUGCUGGAACUUUUAGUACACACGAUGGUCAAGUGCUACAGAUUUUACACUUGUUGCAACUGGAAUCCAUAUUUUCACUGUCAUUAAGCAAUAGCUUUAAUACAGCAAAGUUCGAAGCAAAAGAAUCUGCAAAGUGGUGCUCUGACCGAAGAAAUUCUGCAGCAGAGAAGUUGGAGACAGAGCAGUUAUUGGAGGAGACAAAGCUAAGAAGGUGCAGAAGGCGGGUCCAGAGGUGGAAGUAAAAGGAAGAGAGGAAGCAGGCAGCAUAUUGGUCAGAGAAAUUGUCAAUAUAUUUAAUAUUAUUGGUUAGAGUACUCAUUCUCAAACUUUUUCCUCUGGGCCACACUUUCAGAAUUUCUUUUUGCUCUCAGCACACCAGAUUCUUUAUUGCUAAGAAACACGUGGGGAAACACAACUAGGAUUGUCCUCAGCAUCACUUGAUGCCCUUGUUUUCCUUUUGAAAAUAUUUCUACGUGAAUUAUGCAAAUAAAUAUUUUUAUAUUAUACUACAUUGAUUUUCCUUGAAUCUUCCUGCCACACCCUUUGAAAACCACUGGGAUCGAGCAAUCUAACCACAGGUACCGGUAAAUGCUUCUGAAGCCUGUUGAUUUUAAAGACACAGUUAAACCUCUCCCACUGAAAUAAAUGAACCUGAAAUAAAAAUACUGAAAUCAGCU